AUGAGGCUACGAUCCAGAUUUAUAUCCGAGGAAAUAUCAUCUCCACAGUCAACCACUCCGCGUCGUAGCCGGCUAUCAACGAGUAGAGCUCGGCGCACGGGGUCAUCACACGAUGAUGAAGAGGUUCAACACAACGCGCGGGACGCACGAGCAGAUGAUGUACUGAGAAGUGCAAAACGUCCCAUUUUGCGGCGUAGGAAGAGAAGGGCUGUGGCUAAAGAGAACCAAAGAGAGUCAGAAUUCAAGACUCCGGUCCACAGACGGCAUCUGCGGGUGCACUCUUCUACAGGCAAAAAAUCCCCGCCGGUCAAGUCAGCCGCACGUCAUCUGUAUUCUCCUAUAGUGCGCUUCCUCACUCCCACUAAAGACAAUGAUGAAAGGUCCCUCAGUGGUGAGAUGAUGAGUCCAGAACCCUGUGUUUUUGGCUACGGCUCUAACGGGUCCCCUCUGGAGGAAGAGGACCAGGACGAAGUUUUCAGCCCAUUCACGUUCAUCAAGAAUUUCCCGACUCAGUCAAAGGAGUCCAGUCCGGUCCCAGUGGCCAGAGACAUUCCACCCAAGACCAGGAGUACACCACACGCCACAAUGGUGCUUGAUCUGGAUGAAACACUGGUGUUCAGUUCUCUCAGUGUGAUUGAAAAUGCGGAACACACCUUUCACACAUGCUUUCAAGACCACGAGUACAAGGUGUUUCUGGUUCUCAGGCCACAUGUAAAAGAGUUCCUGGAAUCCAUGGCAAAAAUCUUUGAGUUGUUUGUUUACACCUCUGCUAAGAGGGAAUACGCAGAAAAGAUUGUAGACAUACUAGACCCGAAGAAAAAGCUAUUCAGGCAUCGUCUGUAUCAAGAGGACUGCUCUUGUGUCCUGGGGCACUACGUGAAGGACCUGCGGGUACUGGAGAGGGAUCUGGCCAAAACGGUCGUCUUGGAUAACUCGCCCCACACCUUCCCGUACCACCUGAUGAACAUGAUUCCGAUCAAGAGCUGGUUCGGCGAUAAAGAUGACAGAGAGCUCCAGAGACUCGUCCCGUAUUUGGAGAAGCUUGUCCUGGCUGAUGACUUCCGGGAUGUUCUUAAAAGACGGACAGAUCAUUUCCACCGCCUGCUCUCUGAGGACUGAGCUUCAGUUUUUUUUUUGUUUUGUUUUUUCCCCUCCACAUGUAAAUAUCACCCCGUUAUGCAUUAAUCACCCGAUGGAUGUCCAUCAUUUCUGUAAAUAACAGAACACGGCACAGGGCAGUUGCUCAUGAAUAUUUAUGUACGUGGGUAACAAUGCUGUGGAGUGCAGACUAUCCAUAUUCAGAGAAAGUCAUUCACUCAACAUAGCAAGGAUAAAGUAGGUUCUUUUUGCAUUUACAGGAUUAAUUU